ACCGAGCCAAGAAAGUGCUGUUUGCAGGUUGUGUGUGUGUGUGUGUGUGUGUAUGUGUGUAUGAGACGUGUGUGUGCGUGCGUGCGUGUGUGAGCACCUGCUUCAAUUGACGCUGAAAUUGCUGGAUAUUUGCGUUUGGAGUGGGAAGACGCGUUUCGGGUGUUAUUCCAGUCAUGAGGCGAUGGAGUCAGCUUUAGACUUUGACUGAGGACAGAGGGAGAGAAAGAGAAAGAGAAAGAGAGGGAGCGGACAGUGCCACACCCCAUUUACACAUUUCUUACCGGUCUAGCUGGCCAAUGCCGGGCCCGUCGUGGACGUCUGGCGGCGGUAGCAGCAGCAGCAGCAGCAGCAGCAGCAGUGUGUAUGUGAGCGCGGUCCCUGGUGCCUAGCCCAUGUCCAGCCCAUAAUGCCGUCGUCCACACGGAAAGGAGCGCUGAAGGACCCCGAGCUGGCCGACCUCUUCUUCAAAGAUGACCCCGAGGACGUCUUCUGCGACCUGCACGAGAUCGGACAUGGCAGCUUCGGGGCCGUCUACUUUGCUCGUAACUCCUACUCCAAUGAGGUGGUGGCCAUCAAGAAGAUGUCCUACAAUGGCAAGCAGACCACUGAAAAGUGGCAGGACAUCAUUAAGGAGGUCAAGUUUUUGGAACAGCUGCGACACCCGAACACCAUUGAGUACAAAGGCUGCUACUUGAAGGACAACACUGCCUGGCUGGUGAUGGAGUACUGCCUGGGCUCUGCAUCAGACUUACUAGAGGUUCAUAAGAAACCGCUCCAAGAGGUGGAAAUUGCUGCCAUUACCCACGGUGCCUUGCUAGGACUGGCGUACCUACAUUCCCAUAAUAUGAUUCACAGAGAUGUGAAAGCUGGUAACAUCCUGCUGACUGAGCUGGGCCAGGUCAAACUGGCUGACUUUGGCUCCGCCUCCAUCGCCUCACCUGCCAACUCCUUUGUGGGAACACCUUACUGGAUGGCCCCUGAAGUCAUCCUAGCCAUGGAUGAGGGUCAAUAUGAGGGGAAGGUGGACAUCUGGUCACUGGGGAUCACCUGCAUUGAACUAGCGGAGCGUAAGCCGCCGCUGUUCAACAUGAACGCCAUGAGUGCCUUAUAUCACAUCGCCCAGAACGACUCCCCAACGCUGCAGUCCAACGAGUGGUCUGACCCCUUCCGGAGCUUUGUUGACUACUGCCUACUGAAAAUUCCUCAGGACAGACCCUCGUCGGGGGAGCUGCUACGACAUGACUUCGUGCGUCGGGAACGGCCGCCGCGGGUUCUCAUCGACCUCAUCCAGAGGACCAAGGACGCGGUGCGCGAGCUGGAUAAUCUGCAGUACCGCAAGAUGAAGAAGAUCCUCUACCAGGAGAAACACAACGGGCCCAUGGGAGAGAGCCAGGAGGAGGAGGAGGACAGCGAGGCAGCCAGCUGUAAGAUGAACAGCCUGGGCAGCAACCACUCCAUCCCCAGCACCUCGGUGAGCACAGGCAGCCAGAGCAGCAGCGUGAACAGCAUGCAGGAGGUGCUGGACGACAGCUGCUCCGACAUGACCAUGAUGCACCACCAGGACUACGACAGCACCCUGGACUCCUCCCCGCACACCAAGAAGGACCACCAGUACAACUGGGAUGAUGGGAUCCACAGGGACCACCGGCCGGAGCUGAGGCUCGCCUCCUCGGACAAGAGCAGCCAAGCGCACAACUACAAGAACCAGGGACGCUUCGCCACCAUAAAGUCAGCCUCACUGGUGACCAAGCAGAUCCACGAACAUGAGCAGGAGAGCGAGCUGCGUGAGCAGAUGUCAGGCUACAAGCGCAUGCGGCGGCAGCACCAGAAGCAGCUGAUCGCCCUGGAGAACAAGCUGAAGGCCGAGAUGGACGAGCACCGGCUCAAGCUGCAGAAGGAGGUGGAGACGCAGGCCAACAACGCCUACAUCGAGCUGGAGAAGCUGGCCAAGCGCCAUGCCGUACAUACCGAGAAGGAGAUGAAAACGGCGUUGGCGGAUGAGAAGAAGUUCCAGCAGCAGAUCUUGGCCCAGCAGAAGAAGGAGCUGACCACCUUCCUGGAUAAUCAAAAGAAGCAGUACAAGCUCUGCAAGGAGAAGAUUAAGGAGGAGAUGAACGAGGACCACAGCACACCUAAGAAGGAGAAGCAGGAGCGUCUGUCCAAGCACAAGGAGAACAUGCAGCAUUCCCAGGCCGAGGAGGAGGCCCAUCUCCUGGGUCAGCAGAGGGUUUUCUAUGACCGAAACUGCAGAGCCUUCAAACGCAAAGUCAUGAUCAAGAGGCACGAGUUUGAGCAGGAGCAAAUCCGAGAGGAGCUGAACAAGAAGAAGACCCAGAAGGAGAUGGAGCACGCCAUGCUGAUCCGCCACGACGAGUCCACCCAGGAGCUGGAGCAACGGCAGCUGAAGACCCUGCAGAAGCUGCGCAUGGACCUGAUCCGCCUGCAGCACCAGACAGAGCUGGAGAACCAGAUCGAGUACAACAACCGCCGCGAGCGCGAAUUGCACCGCAAGCAUGUGCUGGAGCUUCGGCAGCAGCCCAAGAACCUCAAGGCCUUGGAGCUGCAGAUCAAGAAGCAGUUCCAGGACACAUGUAAGGUGCAGACCAAGCAGUACAAGGCCCUGCGCCACCACCAGAUGGAAGUGACGCCCAAGGCCGAGCACAAGACGGUGCUCAAGGCCCUGAAGGAUGAGCAGACACGCAAGCUGGCCAUCCUCGCCGAGCAGUACGAGCAGAGCAUCAACGAGAUGAUGGCCUCGCAGGCACUGCGUCUGGACGAGGCCCAGGAAGCCGAGUGCCAGGCCCUGAGGCAGCAGCUGCAGCAGGAGAUGGAGCUACUCAACGCCUACCAGAGCAAGAUCAAGAUGCAGACCGAGGCGCAGCACGAGCGCGAGCAGCAGAAGCUGGAGCAGAAGGUGUCGCUGCGCCGAGCUCACCUGGAACAAAAGAUCGAAGAGGAGCUGGUUUCUCUUCAGAAGGAGCGGACCGACCGGAUCAAGCACCUGCUGGAGCGCGAAGAGCGGGAGAGUGACAGCUUCGACAUGGAGAGCAUCCGGCUGGGCUUCGGCAACCUGGGGGCCCUGGACUAUCCCAAGGACGACUACAGAUGAGGGGCCGCCGCCUGUCGCAGGCCCCGGGCGUCCGUCUGCCUCAGAAACACCCCUCCUCUCCCUUUGCCUGAACUGACCCUACAGCGCGGGCGUCUCACCGCUGACGCCCGAACUCAAAAACACCGACACCGAGCGGCUCCAGAAUCAGUUAGUGUCUUGUGUUUCAGGGCCGGUUAGAGCCAAUGGCAGGUUCGAGCACCCCUCCCACCCACCCACAUACUCAAACAACCCCCCCUCCCCCCCAACUUCUCGUGGUGUCACAAGAUGACAAAAAAAAAAAAAAUGCUGGAUAACCUCCUGUAGUUGUCAUGUUUUUGUAAGAAUUAUGAUAACAUUGUCACAGUGUUGUUUGUUUCUUGUGCAAUGAUGACACUUUUGGUGGGACUAAAAGUGGAAAACGAAAGAGAAAGAGGGAGAGAAAAAUGAGGGCACUUCAGCGAGCAAAAUCGCUCGAUGACCUUGCAUUUUUAGGUGAUUUUUUUUUUUUUUCAUUGUUUCAAGCUGCGCAAAAAAAACAAAACAAACAAAAACACACAGAACAAAAAUCUUUAAAACUUAACAGCCGAUCUUUCUCCGCAGCCGUUCUCCGGCGUUGCUUCUUUCAACACUUUUUGGUAUUUAUUCAUCAGGAAAUUUUUAUGAAAAUUUGAAUAAUUUGAUACUUUGAAAGAAAAAGUCAUGAUGUACAUACAGGUACGCUCAUAAUAAAUGUGACUCCUAUGAGUGAAUUUGAUUACUGAGGGGGUGAGGAUGAAUCAUGGUACUUCUGUGUAUUGUACUGAUUUCUCUGCACUGGCAGCCAAUGUGAAUAAUACAUGUGACACAUGUGAACUCCAACUCCCAGCUAGCACAAAGGGCUUCAUGGGGGGUGGGGGGGACUUGUAUUUUGUGUAUAGAAGGAUUUAUGGAGAGCUUUUACUUAUUUUCGUAUCGUAUUUUAACUGUUAUUCAAAUCAAAUUUUUUAAAAACGCUUUUUUUCCCCUCCCCCCUCCGCGUAUAGUAUUUGAAGUUCAGUAAUCUGUCAAUGGGAUCUUCAUUUCAAUUUCUGUCGGAAUCUUUUUUUCUUAUAUUUUUUUUCUGCUGUUUUUUUUUUUUUUUUUUUUUUUUUGCUUUAACCACAACUCUCAAGCUGUGUAUUUUCUUAUAAAACAGACCAGUAUGAUGCUUUAUUAUUGCAUGCACUUUAAUUUCUUUUCCAGGUUAAAAGAAAGCAUGAAUCUGUCAGAGCUUUUAAUUAUAUUUGUAAAUAAAGUGCUCAUCACACAAACUAA